UGAGUGUGUGUGUGUGUGUGUGUGUGUGUGUGUCUCUUUCACUCUGUCACACGGGUUUGUGAGCUUCGUUUAGAGUUUUGUCUUCAUUUGUGUGAUUUAUUUUCUUCACUCCGGUGUGAAAAUGCCUCUGAAGUUUGAGCUGUGUCCCGGCCGCAUGAUCGGAGGAAAUCAUCCGUGUUUUAUAAUCGCGGAAAUCGGACAAAAUCAUCAGGGAGACAUUGAGAUCGCCAAGAAAAUGAUCAAAAUGGCCAAAGAUUGUGGUGCGGAUUGUGCGAAGUUCCAGAAGAGCGAGCUGGAGUAUAAGUUUAAUAAGCGCGCUCUGGAGAGACCCUACACAUCCAAUCACUCAUGGGGCAAAACGUACGGAGAACACAAGCGCCACCUGGAGUUCACACACGAGCAGUACAGGGAGCUGCAGCGCUACGCUCAGGAAGUCGACAUCUACUUCACCGCCUCGGGCAUGGACGAGAUGGCUGUGGAAUUUCUUCAUGAACUCAACGUGCCUUUCUUUAAAGUCGGCUCCGGAGACACCAAUAACUUCCCGUACCUGGAGAAAACCGCCCAGAAAGGUCGGCCGAUGGUGGUCUCCAGCGGGAUGCAGAGUAUGGAGACGAUGCGGCGUGUGUAUCAGACAGUGAAGAAACACAACGAGAAUUUCUGCAUCCUGCAGUGUACCAGCGCCUAUCCUCUCGAACCCGAGCACGUCAACCUGCGCAUCAUCACGGAAUACCAGAAGGAGUUCCCGGACAUCCCGAUUGGCUACUCGGGCCAUGAGACGGGCAUCAGUGUGUCGGUGGCGGCCGUGGCUCUGGGUGCGAAGGUGUUGGAGCGUCAUGUGACUCUGGAUAAGAGCUGGAAGGGCAGCGACCACUCCGCCUCGCUCGACCCCUCUGAACUCAAAGAGUUGGUGCGAUCCAUCCGAAUCGUGGAGCGGGCGCUAGGCAACGGCAUCAAACAACUGCUGCCCUGUGAGAAGCCCUGUCACGACAAGCUGGGUAAGUCUGUGGUGGCGAAGACGGCGAUCCCUAAGGGAACUGAGUUAACCCUCGACAUGCUGGCGGUGAAGGUGGCCGAGCCGAAGGGAGUUGCACCGGAGGACAUUUUCGAGCUGCUGGGGAAGAAAACGCUGAUGGACAUCGGGGAGGACGAGAGCGUCACCGAGGACGCGGUGGAGAACCACGGAAAACGAGCCAAAGUGUGAAGAGCCUCGAACUGUUGUGUGUGUCGCUGAUCUUCAGCUGUGUGAGGAGUAUCAUGGUGCUAUCAGCAGUGUGAGAUACAGAAGCUCGUUCUCCAAACUCUCAUCACCAAAUAAAGAAUAAAACCCACAGCAAA